CCAUUUGAAGCAGAAUCGUUCGAAUCUGGAAUAUUGAUAUUGCGCUCCUAACUAUCAUUUACUCAUUGCCUAUACCUGUAGCUUUUCUGUAUAAAGAAACCUGAGAGAACUCAAUGACUUUCAGUAGAACUCUAUUCCUCCACAUUCUGGUAGUGACCCUUGCAUGCGUGUGUAUUUCGUUACUUACCCAGAAUUAUGCGCAGUUUUCACAGUACUUCAACUAUCGGGUCAAGACACAGAUCUGCGCAAACCAUUUGUUUAGCGAGUCUGAGUUACAGCGCUACAAUGGACAGUUCAACGAGGAGCUAUACCUCGCGAUCUUAGGUCAUGUUUACGACGUUAGCAAGGGCGCUAAACACUAUGGUCCUGGUGAAGCGUAUCACAUGUUUGUAGGUCACGACGCAUCCAGGGCGUUCAUUACCGGCGAGUUUGAGCAGUACAAUGAUAGUUUGAGCGAUGUAUCCGCACUGACCGACGAUGAAUUGCAGCAACUGUUUACGUGGAAAGAGUUCUACGACAAAACUUAUCCAUACCUGGGCAAAAUAAGGGGUCGCUACUUUGACGAUGGAGGAAGAGAGACCGCUUAUUUGCAUGAUGUUCGGGCGCGGGCUACGAAGUCUGUGCAAGCAACCAGAGAUGGCCCCAAAUAUCCUUCCUGUAACGUCGAAUGGAAAGUGCAACAUGGAACGCGCGUUUGGUGUACUAAUCGUAGUGGUACGGGCCGGGACCGUCAAUGGGUGGGCCGUCCACGGAAAGUUCUCCCAGCUGCGGGCAGCGAUGAGAAGCGUGCCGUACAGUUUUGCGCCUGCCUACCGGAAGACGUCACUGAUGCCCUAUACGUCACAUUUCCCAAUUGCGAUGAACAUGCAGACUCUUGUACGAUUCCCGAUCACUAAUAGCUAUCAGCAAAGACUGUUGGUAAGGUAAGUUUCCGUAAAUGAUAGCUUACUCAUCGAUAACUUAGUGUUAUUACGGGUGUAGUUGAUGGUACAAGUGCAAUUAUUAGCUAGUAGUAUGACCGGGCUUUGCAGGAGCAUCAUGAAUUAAAAAUUAAACCUCCUCUACCACACUAUUCUUCUAAUACGACAUACAACGUACGACUGAUACGAGAUGCAACUUCUACGUGAACUAUAGUGUUUUAGUGUGAUAAUUUUAAAACAAUUGCAACAAUUAAUGCGUAAUCCGAUGUACAACUAAUGCAGAAGUUUAGCAAUAGCUUCUAGGCAAAUAAGGGAAAGAGUUAUGAAUCAAUGCCUGUUUAUUAACAGAAUAGUUAACAAUAUCAUUACUUCAGUUAAUGGGAAAGAGUACCAAAAGUUGCAUAUCAUUUUCGGCGAUCCACUGCAGUGCAAUAAAUUUAAGAAAAAGUAAACUAACUGCAGCGUUUGAUGCACGUAAAUAUCACACGAUGUUAGGGUGCGCCAGUGGCAUUCGGCACGGUUGACGAUGGCAUCAUUGGCGAUUCUCGUUCCUCGUUUUCUUGUGGCUCUGCUUGCUGUUGCUGCUGUUCUACCGUC